GUUCAUUUAUUGGAUGUUUGUUACCUCGUUGUACCUCGUCUGUGCAUCGUUUUUUGAGGUUAGGCCUCCGGUGACGGGAUGGUUCCUCUUAUAACAGUAGUAUGUACAGAUAGUGGGCGUAAAAUUAAUUUCAUAUCACUCUGACAAUUUUCUGUGAUAUAAUCUUCAAUCUGAUGCGGCAAAAUGUGGAAAUGUCUGGUUCGCAGGAAAAACUUAAUGGGUAUUGGGAAGGUUCGAUAAUUUAAACCCAAAGUACCCAUGGAAUUUAAGGCUGACAGUAUAUGGUGUCAUUUGCCGCUGAAUGAAAUAAGUAUUUAUAACAUAAAAGUUCAGUGGUGACGGGUCGUUUGUUAGGUAAUAGUCAUCCAUUGGCGUAUCUAUUACUUCGCUUUAUCUAACAACAGCCAAGUUUCAUUAGAUAACAUGAUUCAAUUUACAAGUUGGAACGGUAUGGUGCUUCAUAUAAAUGAAAGUAAACCGAAUUGAAUUUUUGUCCCAAACUAUAUAAGAGGCAUUAAUGUCCAUAUUUUGCAAUUAUCUGUACCAUUAAUAAUAUAGCAAACACCCAAGCCUUGUAUCUGCUGAAUGAUUAUAUUGCUAUCAAGUGUCUUAUCGCAGACCUUUGCCAAAACAAUUUUGAAGAAAGUCUCAAAUCCAGUGCAUUCGAUGAGUUAAAUAAACACGUUAAUAAAACUAUUUGAUCUCUUUGACAGAAUUUCUGCAUAACGUCUGGGCCUUGUAGGGAUUAAUCAGUUUCUUUUUCAUUUAUCCAGACAAUGAUCAUCCGGGAUCCUUGGGAUUACGAAAGCAAAAUGUGCUUCGUGGUGAUAUACAAGUACCUGGUGAACAAGAAUGAGCGAUGCCGAGACCAGGGCAACUGAUUCGGAGGAUAUCAGCAGAGUGCGAUACAGAAAGAAGACGAACAGGCUUGGCCAAGGCGACAUGGUGGGAUCAGGGGGCGAAUUAUUACCUCAGGAUCUAGCGAAUUUAACCGCGGAUCUGGAGAUCAAUUCCGACGACGAUGACCACGAUACCAUUCAUUUGAUACCGCCGAUAUCAAUUUCCGGCCGCGAGAGGAUCCGCGACAAUGGCAUGAAGAAUUUGGGCUAUCAAGGAGAAGAAAAUGACACGGAAAAUGUCUGGACCAUUUCCAUACAAAUGUUCAUCCCAUUUCUGCUAGCAGGAUUCGGAAUGGUAGCCGCCAGCCUGCUAUUGGAUCUAGUUCAGCACUGGCCAGUUUACCAAGUGGUCUCCGAAGUGUACAUAUUGGUCCCUGCAUUGCUGGGCCUUAAAGGAAACCUCGAAAUGACUCUGGCCUCUCGCCUCUCCACCGAGGCAAAUCUCGGCCACAUGGAGACAAAGAAUCAGCAAUGGACUCUCAUUGUCGGAAACCUAUCUCUGAUUCAAUGCCAAGCCAUGGUGGUCGGUCUUCUCGCGUCUCUGGCCGCGGUCAUUCUCGGCUGGGUCCCGGAAGCUCACUUCGAUGUCCACCAUGGGCUUCUAUUAUGCGCCAGUGCACUGCUUACUGCAUCCAUUGCUAGUUUUACGCUGGGUCUAGUCAUGGUUGCCGUCAUCUUAUUGUCGAGGAGGUUACAUAUCAACCCCGACAACGUGGCCACCCCGAUCGCAGCUUCUUUAGGGGACUUGACCACUCUGGCUCUUCUCUCGUGGAUUGCUUCACUUUUGUACAACGCUAUAGAGUACGCGCCUUGGAUCGCACCCACGAUCAUUCUCUUCUGCAUUUUGGCCACCCCGUUUUGGGGCUAUAUAGCCGCCAGAAAUCCAUUUACUAAGGAAGUACUGGAUCAUGGCUGGACACCUGUGAUAUCGGCCAUGUUGAUUAGCAGUAUUGGUGGAUUAAUAUUAGAUUACACGAUAUCUAGUUAUAAAGGAAUAGCGGUAUUUCAAUUAAUCGUUAAUGGAGUAGGAGGAAACCUAGUCGCCGUACAAGCUAGCAGGAUCUCAACCUCGCUCCAUAAAAUGCGUCGCACUGGCAAGGGCGAGGCCCCCAGCAUUUGUAUCAGCCCUUUUCAUACCUUCUUCGCUCCAGACGAGCACGCAAGGACUGCAAGGGUUUUACUAAUGAUGGUGAUUCCAGGGCAUUUAAUUUUUAAUUACACCAUUAGUUACCUCCAAGCUGGGCACACAUCGUUCACCCCAAUUUUUCUUGCAAUUUAUUUGACCGUGGCAGUUAUGCAGGUUACAUUAUUACUUUACAUUGCUCACCUAAUGGUGAUGUGGAUGUGGUCUCGGGGUAUGGAUCCGGACAGUUCUGCAAUUCCGUAUCUAACUGCCGCUGGAGACCUGAUAGGAACUGCGCUCCUUGGAAUUGCGUUCCACAUCCUUUACGCCAUUGGUGAUGGAGACUCCGAUGUUGGUGACUGAACAUCGCGAGAAUCGAUUUUCCGUCCUAGAGUUCCCCGUUUCUGGGCACUCACAAGCAAGAGCGUACGCAAUAUUUGUUAUAUUUUAUCGCAGACGUAGGCGUUUGUGGAGUUAAGGCCUCUUCUAGGCAGAAAUAGAAAGGCAAGAGAAUCGAGAUAUCGAUAGUAGAAGUCGAUGAAACGGCAAUUUAAUACCUCUGGUCAUCGAGUAAAUCGGCCGAGUCGUUCCAAAUCCAUCGGAGGACAAGUAAGCCAUACAUUUACAAAGUAUAUAUUUUGUAUGAAAGUCAGAUAUUUUGUGGCCGAUUAUUAAGUCGAGCGGACAUUUCGGCAACAAGUACUGCUUUAAGAAAAAAUAUAUUUGCACGGGUUGCUUAAUGCAGGAUUGCAGAUGUGUCGAACUAUGUUUAGAAAAUUUGAACUGCCGUCAGUGAUUAUAUUCUGCCUGCGCGUCUUCGUAAAUUCUUUCUAUGAAUUUUAAUGAUAAUCAACUCACGUUUGCUCGAAGCAAAUGAAUUUCGCCUAAAAGAAGUAUCUUCGCAAUACAUAUUGUACCAAAAGGUAAACCAUUAAUUUUAAUUGAAGAAGAGUUAAUAUAUUUUUAUAAAGGGUAAUAAUGAUAAUGUAUGUAGCAGAAAAAGAAAAGGACAUGUAUUACACGUGGUACUGCCACCCAAGAAUAUUUGUCAGUAUAUAUGUUUUGUUAAAAUAACAUUUGACAAAAUUCUUGGGAAAUUAAGACCUUGGAAAAAUGAGGCAAUCAUUUAUAAGACGCAGCAUUGAGGAUAAUAAUUCGUUAACAUUUUUUUACAUCUACUUUGUAUGCUCACUUGCCUAAGCACACCAGCACAAAUCACCACAGACAGAUAUUCUGAUUUUUUAACAAUAUUAUAUUAUUCAUAAUCCAUGGCUUGAAUUACAUGUAUCGUUUAAAAAUGCACUUGAAUAGCAACCGCAAACUACAAGCGACGUACUUGAGCCGAGGAUUUCAGUUACAACGAAACAUGAUAAGUUCGGAGAAAUAGGCGACUGCUUAUGCUAUUUUAUUGAGAUAUUUCAUCAAUUAAUCGGCAAUUCCCUUUGACAACUGAUUAGCUCUUUACCAAGAGGCUUUAAGACUGGGCGCUGCCGAUUAAAGUGCAAUCAAAAUUCCUAUUUUUUUUUUACCAGGAAUUGGUAUGAAUCAUAUUUCUUAAUUACGGAAAUGUGGAUAUACGCAAAGAUCUAUGAUUCUAUUUUCUCUGAAAUUAAUGAAUUUGCCAGGAAAACAUAGCUGAUUUGCUUACAUUGCAACGUGUUUUUUUUUUACUUUUAAUGUGGCGUUAUUUUCAAAUUUUGUUAUGGAUACAACAAAGAGGCUUAAAAUAUUUUCCUAUUUAUCGGUUACGUUAAGAUUAUACUUUUAGAGUUAAAACAUAAGUUUCUGUCGAGAAUUGAGUUUAAUAGUUACACAUAUCAUUGGUGCUGCUAUUCAGCCUAUUUCAAGCCAUGAUGUAAAAUCAUUGUUUGCAUUGAGAACUGAACAAUUAACAGAGCUUAUACUAAUCCUUGUUUUCUUUUUGUUAUGAUUCUCAUUAGUCCUUCGAAUAGGGAAAAUUUUUUCCUUUAGAAAAUAUUAAAAGGAACCUAAAUUAUUUGUAAGUGCUAUUAUUAGAGUAUGUAAAUAUAUUAGAUGUGUAACCGUGUACGUGUAAAUGUGGAUUCUUACAAAUGUGAAAACGGUUUUCGUUUUUAUUCUUUAGGAGUGAAUGCGAUAAAUACAGAGUAUAACUAUACAUGAUAGAGUGAUUCUAUUGUAUCGAGGCUUUAUUACAAAAUUAAAAAAAAAAGUAACAACAUUCAUUUUCAAAGAGCUUGUGCAAUGGUUCACACACGAUAGAAAAUGAAAAGUAAUUUUUACCACGUUUGAUUGAAGAAUAACUCGUCGGACCUAUCUUGUAUAAAUAGUUCCUGAUAUUCAAUAAGUACAAUUUGUAUAUUAUUCAUACAAUACAUACGUGUAUACGUUU